UUCUUUCAUGGGUUCAAACUUGGAAGUUUGACAUGUCUGGACUCUCUCUCCUGUUCUAACAAGUCUUGCUGAUGACUUGUGCACCAUCUCAAUUCUCAUUUCUUCAUUGUUUUCUUCUUAUUCCUUCAAAUUAACUUCUCCCUCUCAAGAAUUCUCAGCUUCUGCUUCCCAGAUGCUCAAAAAGGGAUAGACUCGUAACUAAAACUACAGUUACUUGAGUUGGUAUAAGAUCAGCAGAAAGAUGAGAAGAACAAUCCUAUCAGUCAACUAUGAAUGCAUUUUCUUCUAUUUUGUUGGAUGUUUAGUAAUAUAUCAGUCAGUGAUGGGGGAUCCCAGAACCCAGCAAGUGAACGUUACAUGUGGACGCCAACUUGAGAACAACCCGACCAUCUUUGUACCGAAUUUUGUUGCCACAAUGGAGAACAUCAGCGAGCAGAUGCGCACUUCAGGUUUUGGAAUAGCUGUUACAGGUUCAGGACCUGACAUUAACUACGGCCUUGCUCAAUGUUAUGGAGACCUUUCUUUACUUGACUGCGUAUUGUGCUACGCUGAGGCACGUACAGUUCUGCCACAAUGUUACCCUUACAAUGGGGGUCGCAUUUUCCUUGAUGGUUGCUUCAUGAGAUCAGAAAACUACAGCUUCUUUCAGGAAUAUAAAGGACCUGGAGACGAAAUUGUGUGUGGGAAUACAACAAGGAAGAAUUCAACGUUUGGGGAAUCAGCUAAGCAGGCUCUAUCAACUGCAGUUUCAAGUGCACCAAAUAACCGAGGCUACGCAAGAGCUCAAGUGACAGUUCCAGGGACAAACGAAUCUGCUUAUGUAUUAGCUGAUUGCUGGAGAACAUUGAAUGCAAGCUCUUGCAGGGCAUGCUUGGAGACUGCUAGUGCAUCCAUUUCGAAAUGUUUGCCUUGGUCGGAGGGGAGGGCACUGUAUACCGGUUGUUUUAUGAGGUACUCGGAUAGAGAUUUUCUCAAUCCGGUGCCGAGAAGUGGACGUUCAAGAGGCAGCGUCAUAGUAAUAGUGGUUUCAGUUGUCAGCGCUCUGGUGGUUCUUGGAGUUGCGGUAACUAUAGGAAUUUAUAUCUGGAAGCGCAGAUACAUACAGAAGAAAAGAAGAGGUUCGAAUGAUGCACAUAAGCUGGUUAAAACCCUCAAUGACAGUAGCUUGAACUUCAAGUAUUCAACACUUGAGAAGGCUACAGGAUCUUUCGAUGAUGCCAACAAGCUUGGACACGGAGGAUUCGGAUCAGUUUAUAAGGGAGUUUUGCCAGAUGGGAGAGAGAUUGCUGUGAAGAGGCUUUUCUUUAACAACAGACAUAGAGCAGCCGAUUUCUACAAUGAAGUUAACAUGAUAAGCAGUGUGGAACACAAAAAUCUGGUCAGGUUGUUAGGAUGCAGUUGUUCUGGACCUGAAAGCCUCCUUGUCUAUGAAUUCCUGCCUAACAAGAGUCUGGACCGUUUCAUCUUCGAUCAAAACAAGGGCAAAGCACUGACUUGGGAGAAGAGAUAUGACAUCAUGGUUGGGACAGCAGAAGGUUUAGUCUAUCUUCAUGAAAACUCCAAAAUCAGGAUCAUUCACAGGGAUAUAAAAGCCAGCAACAUUUUACUGGAUUCUAGGUUUCGUGCUAAGAUUGCCGAUUUUGGAUUGGCCAGGUCUUUCCAAGAAGAUAAGAGUCAUAUCAGCACAGCCAUUGCAGGAACACUUGGCUACAUGGCACCAGAAUACCUUGCUCAUGGCCAGUUAACUGAAAAGGCAGAUGUCUACAGCUUUGGUGUGCUUUUGUUAGAGAUAGUCACAGGGAGGCAGAACAACAGGAGCAAAACCGCCGAAUAUACGGACAGCCUAGUCACACUUACGUGGAAGAAAUUUCAGGCAGGGACUGUGGAAGAGCUUUAUGACCCAAACCUGAUGCUGCACCACCACCAUUACAGCAACGUGAAGAAUGAUGUCUUUAGAGUAGUGCAAGUAGGACUUCUGUGUACGCAAGAGGUACCAUCACUUCGACCAACAACGGCAAAGGCGCUACAGAUGCUAACAACAGAUGAACAACUCCCUGCACCCACUAAUCCCCCUUUCAUAGAUGAAAAAACCAUGGAACUCAAUGACACAUGCGAGGACCCAUGGUACCCUCUCAACGCUGGCCUUUCAGCAUCAAUUGCAACUAUCACCCAUAGUUCCUUCCAUCCAAGAUGACCUGAAGAGCAACAAACAAUUGCAUUUAAAACGUCAAGAGAAAAAUGAAAGAAGAUAAAUAUCCCAGUCGGUAAGUACGUUACCUCAUCAAAGCAUAUCUUGCAAGCAUUUUGAGGAAGCUGAUGGGGAUAUGUGAGAAGUUGGCAAUAAAUGCAGAUCGGCGUCCAAUGACUUGUAGAUAUAAAGUAGAGGAUACUUGCCAAUGUUCAAAUAUUUAUCAUGAAAUUAGAGAAAAGUACAUCAACUAAAGUUGUAUUAUUGCUUGCUAUACAAUUUUGGGUUUAAAUGAAUGAAUCUCAGCUUGCCGAAGACUGGAUAGAGACUGCUAGUGGGUCCCUAUUUCUUUUUCGUGCAAAAUUGCUUUUUUUU